AUGUUGACUUUGUUAGAGGGAUGUUAUAGGGACGAUUAUCUCUCUAACAUGUUGACUUUGUUAGCUGAUAAAAACACAUAUAGGGUAGUAAAGAAGAGCCCGAUCAAUAAAUUAAUUAGCAACCUGCAUGAUCUCUUAGCGAGGUGGAGAGCACAAGAUUACAUCUCCAUUACGAAAUAUAGAUCUUUGAAUUGUACAGAUGGUGUUUUACCGAGGGCUUAUGGGCUGCCGAAAAUUCACAAGAAAAAUAAUCCGUUGCGUAUAAUAGUCUCAUCUAAGAACACACCGCUCUAUGGUCUCGCCAAGUUUUUACAUGAUAUCAUUUAUAAAUCUAUUCCACGACCAGACAGUCAAAUUAUUAAUAGUACUCAAGUAGUGGAACGUAUCGAUGACAACGUAAAACUGAUCUCAUUGGACGUCAUCUCAUUAUUCACGAAUAUACCGUUAGACUUGGCGAUUGACAGUCUGUCGAAUAGAUGGGACUAUAUAGGAAAGAAUUGUCAGAUACCUCGUGAUGAAUUUUUAACCGCAGUUCGCCUCGUUUUGAAUUCUACAUUUUUUAUGUUCAACGGUGUUUGCUAUCAACAAACGUUUGGCACGCCCAUGGGCUCUCCUAUUUCACCGAUUAUCGCUGAGAUCACGCUCCAAGAUUUGGAGUCGAGGGCCAUCGCGAUUUUACCUGUGGAUCUCCCAUUUUAUUUUAGAUAUGUCGAUGACGUUGUGUUGGCGGCUCCCUCCUCAAUGCUCAGUACCAUUCAGGACACUUUCAACUCGUUCCACACAAGGCUGCAGUUUACUAUGGAGGAGGGUGCCGACAAUCGUUUGAAUUUCCAUGACGUCACUAUCAUUUUAGAAGAUGGACUGAUUCGUUUUAACUGGUUUCACAAAUCGACUUUCUCUGGGAGAUACCUCCAUUUUGAAUCGCGACACCCCCUUUGCCAGAAGAGGAGUACGAUAAUUGGUCUAACUGAUAAAGUUUUCUGGCUUUCUCAUCCAAAAUUUCAUAAAGAGUUUUGA